CCAUCCUCCCUAUCUCCCUCCCUUCCUCCAUCCUCCCUCCUCUCUCCUCCAUUCUCACUCACUUCUUCCAUCUCUUCUUUGUCUACACAGACCAACAUCCCUUUUCUCCAGAACGUUCUGAACAACGACCAGUUCCUGUACGGCACCGUCGACACCCAGUUCAUAGACGAGAACCAGGACCUCUUCAACCUCAAACCGGUCCAGAACCGAGCCCAGAAGCUGCUGCACUUUCUGGGUCACGUCAUGGUGAACGGUCCCACCACGCCGAUCCCAGUCAAGGCCAAGCCGUCAUCCAUCGACCCUGUGGUUCCUCCUGUCCCACUGGGAGAGCCCCCUGUGGGUUUCCGUGAGGUGCUGCUGCGGGAGGGUCCAGAGGGCUUUGCCAAGGCGGUGCGUGCCCACCAGGGCCUCCUGCUCAUGGACACCACCUUCAGAGACGCUCACCAGUCUCUCCUGGCCACCCGCGUGCGCACUCAUGACCUCAAACAGAUCGCCCCCUUCGUGGCUCACAACUUCAACAACCUCUUCAGCUUAGAGAACUGGGGAGGCGCCACCUUUGACGUGGCGAUGCGUUUCCUGAGCGAGUGCCCGUGGCGGCGGCUGCAGGAGCUGCGAGCGCUGAUACCCAACGUUCCCUUCCAGAUGCUUCUGAGAGGCGCCAACGCCGUCGGUUACACCAACUACCCCGAUAACGCUGUGUUCAAGUUCUGCGAGGUGGCCAAGGAGAACGGCAUGGACAUUUUCCGGGUGUUCGACUCUCUGAACUACCUGCCCAACAUGAUCCUGGGCAUGGAGGCUGCGGGGGCAGCUGGGGGCGUGGUGGAGGCCUCCAUAUCCUACACAGGAGACGUGUCCGACCCCAUGAGGCAGAAGUACUCCCUGGCGUACUACUUGAACCUGGCCGACGAACUGGUCAAGGCCGGGACGCACAUACUGGCUAUCAAGGACAUGGCUGGGCUUCUGAAACCAGAGUCCAGCCGGUUGCUGAUUGGAGCUCUGAGGGACCGCUUCCCCGAGAUGCCCAUCCACGUCCACACGCACGACACGGCCGGGGCCGGAGUGGCGGCCAUGUUGGCGUGUGCAGAAGCCGGGGCCGACGUGGUGGACGUGGCGGUGGACUCCAUGGCGGGGAUGACCUCACAGCCCAGCAUGGGGGCGCUGGUGGCCUGCACUAAGGGGACCAAACAGAACACAGGCAUUCCUCUGGAGAAGGUGUUUGACUACAGCGAGUACUGGGAGGUCGCUCGCGGGCUCUACGCACCUUUUGACUGCACGGCCACCAUGAAGUCUGGAAACGCAGACGUUUACGAGAACGAAAUCCCUGGCGGCCAGUACACUAACCUGCACUUCCAGGCUCACAGCAUGGGCCUGGGACACAAGUUCAAGGAGGUGAAGAAGGCCUACACCGAGGGGAACAAGUUGCUCGGUGACCUCAUCAAGGUGACCCCCUCCUCGAAGAUCGUGGGCGACCUGGCCCAGUUCAUGGUGCAGAACUCUCUGACACGGGCAGAAGUGGAGGAGCGUGCUGACGAGCUGUCCUUCCCGCUGUCAGUGGUUGAGUUCCUGCAAGGACAUAUUGGCAUUCCUUAUGGAGGCUUCCCAGAGCCCUUCCGUUCCAAGGUGCUCAAGUCUCUGCCCCGCGUGGAGGGCAGACCAGGCGCCUCUUUACCCCCCAUGGAUUUCGAGGCCCUGGAGAAACGGUUGCGAGAGGCGCACGGUGAUGACAUCACUCCCGAGGACGUGAUGUCAGCGGCCAUGUACCCAAAGGUGUUUCAGGAGUUCAAGGAGUUCACCACCACCUUCGGACCGGUGGACUGUCUGAACACUCGCCUAUUCCUCGAUGGGCCCAAGAUCGCUGAGGAGUUUGAGGUGGAGCUGGAAAGGGGGAAGACCCUCCACAUCAAGGCUCUGGCCCUGGGAGAUCUCAACAAGGCUGGCCAAAGGGAGGUGUUCUUCGAGCUGAACGGCCAACUGAGGUCUGUCCUGGUCAAGGAUACGGUGGCCAUGAAGGAGAUGCACUUCCACCCCAAGGCCCUGAAGGACGUGCGUGGGCAGGUGGGUGCGCCCAUGCCAGGCAAGGUGGUGGAGGUGAGGGUGCAGCAGGGCCAGAAGGUGGAGAAGGGCCAGCCUCUCUGCGUGCUCAGCGCCAUGAAGAUGGAGACGGUGGUCAACUCUCCUCUCACGGGCACCGUGGCCAAGGUGUACGUCUCCUCAGAUAGCAACCUGGAGGGAGACGACCUCAUCCUGGAGAUAACAGAGUGAGAGGAGGAGGUGGAGGAGGAGAGGAUGGGGUGAGAGGAAGAGGAGGAGAGGAUGGGGUGAG